AUGCCUUCCAACAGGUCAAAGGUCCUCUUGCUCGCGCACGUGAGCCAUGAGGAGGAGAGCCUGACUUGCUACCGAGACUGCGGCUUCCGAGACCGUCGCACGAAUGCCAGGCGCGAGCGAGCAUCUUCGAAGUCCUCGGCGUCAGAGCACGGAUCUGGCUGCGACCUGGAGGUGGUGCUGCGUGUGCCGCUGCACCUGGCACUCGUAGCCGCCGUUGGCGACUCUGCCGUCUCCAUCACGUUGCCCUCUGCAGACGCACUGGGCAGGCUGCGGGGCAGUGGCAAGCCCAGAUGCGGCCUCUUCAGCGCCCUGCAGCACGCCUCGCAGAGCGGCGAUCCAGAGGCCUGGACGCUGGAGUGCCAAUCCCCGAGGGCCACGCUCCAGCUCCUCGACCGCCUCCAGCUGGCCGGCUGCAUCCUCCAGGACCUGCAGCGGAGGUAUGCGUUGCUCGACGAGAUCGGCGAGGGCGCCUUCGGAAGGGUCUUCAGGGCGGAGGAUCUGCGCACUGGGUCGCCUGUGGCCAUCAAGGUGUGCACCGCUCGGAGCAUGAAUGUUGUGAUGCACCCCAUUCUUGAGGCUAGCAUCCUCAGAUCAUGUUGUCACGCCAACAUUCAAGCUUUCCACGGUCUCUACAGGGUGAGCGGGUCGGAGCUCGACAUCGAUUCGUCUUUCACGUACGCGAUAGUCUCCGAGUAUGUCGAAGGCGGAGAGCUUCUCAAGCUCGCUCAGCGCGGCACGGCGAUGACGGAGGAUUUUGCGCGCCGCUUGACGAAGCAGCUGCUGUCUGCCGUCAGCCACUUGCAGGAGAAAUCCAUGGUCCACAGGGACAUCAAGCCUGAGAACAUCCUCCUCUCCGGUGCGGGCGACCAGCUGAAGCUCGUCGACUUCGGGCUGUCCGCGCUGGAAGAUGACUCUGAAGCGAUGCGCUUGAAAUCUGGAUCGCCAGGAUAUGUGGCCCCGGAGGUCGUCACAGGGGUCCAGACAUGCAAGGCCGACUGCUUCAGCGUUGGCGCCAUCCUCUUCAUCCUGCUCACUGGCAAGCCACCCUUCGCAGGCAAGGACCAGCGCGAGGUGCUGAUGAAGAACGUGCGCGGAAAGGUGGACAUGGACGCGCUCUGGAACGUCUCGCAGGGCGCCCGCGAUGUCGUUGCAAGCCUCAUGUGCAGGGAUCCUCAGAGCCGAGCCUCGGCGGCAGAGGCGCUGCGGCUCCCAUGGUUCACGCAGCCUCCCCAGGCGGCCCAGCUCGCCGUGCCCAGUGCCGCCCCCGCCGGGCCCAGGGCGCGCCGCCACCCCGGCGCAAGCCCGCGCUCCCGAGCACCGCGCCUGCCCUCGUGGCCGCGCGGCGUGGCGCCGAGGCGCUGCGCGACGCCGCCCUCGGAGCUGCUGGCGCCCGCUGCGGAGCCGGGCCUGGGCGCCGGGCCUGGGCAGGGCGCGGCACCGGCGAGCGGCCGCGGCCAGGGCCUGCCCACCGCCGAGGCCGCUGCGGCUGCUGGCGCGAGCGUGCGGGGGUGCCGCUCCCCGAGCGGGCCGGCGGAACCUGGGCCCCAGGGCCCAGGGCACUCGGCGGCGGCCCUCCCCGCGGACGAGGGCUUCGAUCGUGCGGUGGCUUCUGCAGUCGCGGCCGUGCCUAUCCGGCAGUUGGACGACAAGGGCUUUGCUCUGCAGAUGACCAGCGCCAAGCUAGCCGGCUGGUGCCCCGAGCAGGCAGAGUCGGAGCGGCCCUCCUUCAAGGAUCGACCAAGCUUCUCGGAGCGGGCAACCGAACCGAUAUUCAAUGCCCGCGCCGGCUUCAUCAGGAAGGUGAUGAUGCCACAGCGGACGCAGCUGGAGAAAUCGGCCUCUCUCAAUGACCCAGCGCAGGCGGGAUUCCGAGCAGGCGGGACACAGAUCAAGUUGCCAAGCGGGCCGCCCCCCGGAGGGUGCAGGAGGCCCUGCGGCCUGCGCCAGAACGGGAGCCCCCGUGCCCCCUGCAGGGACAUUGGCUCGCCUGCGGCAUACGGCCAUAAGUCACUGGUCAUGCCACACUCCAGGCACAGCACUUCCGUGCCCCCCUGCUUCUUGAGUGAGCAGGCGUUCGGGGGUUAG